AUGGAUGAUAAGGAUCCUGGACGGGCUCCUGCCUGUCCCACCAACCAUGUCGGUAUCACGUUCCAGUUCACUGCCCAGACUGCGUUUAAGCCUCCUGCGGGGUUCACGAGGCGUCGACCAUCGAGGAUGAAGGAAAAUGGAGUGUCUGGCCUGGCCCAAGCGAUCCGUGCCAUAAGUUGA